AUGGCAGAGUGCAAUCGCCGAUAUGAGCAGCGCUUUGGGCACAUCUUUAUCAUUUGUGCUCAGGGAAAGCCUCCAGUAGAGAUACUCUCUGCUCUAAAGCAACCGCUUGAGCAAACCUUCACUUCACUCAUUCCAGACCCAACCUUGUGUUCUUCCUCAUCCCGCCCUGAAUUUCCUACAUCCUACAUCCGCCAAGUUAGCAGUGGCAAUGGUGGUGGGUUCUUCCCGAGUGUGUCUAUAGUGUUCCAAGUGCUGCCAGAGCAAGAGAGGGAGCAUUUUCACGCGCCGCUGCUGCUCUCCCCAUUCUCCUACUCCACCUACCGAGGCAGCUGA